AUGAAGUUAACACAAUUGCUCACACUCGCAGUCGCCUUGACCGUUGUAAACGCGAGGGCUGUACUCAAUAGACAAGAAAAGAAUCCUAAUAACGAUAAUAGCAUUUACCCAUCGCCAAAUGCCAAUGGAGGUAAAGCCUGGUCUGAAGCAUUCAAGAAAGCAGAAGACAUUGUUUCACAAAUGUCAAUAGAAGAGAAAGCAAGUUUGAUAACUUCCCAUGAAGGCAGAUGUGUUGGUACGUCUCCAGGUGUCGAACGACUUGGGAUCCCACAGUUGUGUUUAAUGGACGGACCAACUGGACCACGUCCAAUGAAGGGCGUCUCUCAAUACCCUGCUGGCCAGACGGCCGCCGCUACUUGGGACAAAGAGUUAAUUUAUGAGCGUUCUAAGCAAAUGGGUCAAGAAUUCUUCGAUCAAGGCGUUCACAUCGCUUUGGCACCCGUCGCAUCCGGUCCUCUCGGUAGAUCACCACUUGGAGGCAGAAAUUGGGAGGGUUCUUACCCAGAUCCAUACGCAAAUGGAGUCUAUUCAUACCUUUCAGUUCUUGGUUUACAAGAUAGCAAUGUCGCUGCGACGAUCAAACAUUGGAUCGGAUAUGAACAGGAGACUGCUCGUCAUCCUUACCGUACUGAAAGUACAUCUGAUCAAAAUUCAAUUGAUUCGAUUAUUGAUGAUGUGACGACUCACGAAGUCUAUAUGCAUCCAUUCGCAGAAGCAGUCAGAGCUGGUUCUGCGCAUGUUAUGUGUUCUUAUAAUCGCUUAAAUGGUACUCAAGCAUGUAAUAAUGCCUACACCCAGAAUCACCUACUCAAAACUGAACUUAACUUCCAAGGAUCAAUUAUCAGUGAUUGGGGUGGAGUACACGAUAGUGUUGAUUCAGCUCUCAAUGGUCUUGAUUUCUCUGCCCCUGGUGUCGGAUUCAAUGGAUCAAUGGGUACAUUCUGGGGUGAACUUGCUGAAUUGGUCAACAAUGGUUCAGUCCCUGAAGAAAGACUGACUGAUUCGGCCAUAAGAGUCCUCACACCGUACUUCCAUUUCGGUCAGGAUAGCGAGAACAUACCACCAGAAGUUGUCUUCAAUGGUAAUAGCUACUUCGAUGCUGAAAACGUCUAUAAAAAUGUACGCGCGGACAAUACGGCAGAGCUUAUAAGACGACUUGGGUCAGAAUCAGCUACAUUGCUCAAGAAUACAGGUGGAUUACCACUCAAGAAUCCCGAACAGAUCUUUGCACUUGGUAGCGACCUUGGCGAUAACGCUCUCGGUGUAGAUGGAUGUGGUGACGCUGGUACUUCAUGUCCGGAGGGUAAUUUCAAUGGAACACUUACUGAUGCUGGUGGAUCAGGCUAUGCUUAUGCUCCAUAUAUUAUUACACCUCUCGACGCACUCAAACAACGUACGAUAAAUGGAAACAUACGCCUUUCAUAUGCUCUCACACAUGACGAUGAACUUAUUAACGAGGUUGCACCAUCCGCCGAUGCUACAUUGGUGUUUAUCAAUAAUUGGGCACAAGAGAACAGAGAUCGCGAUGAUUUACAGAUUACUAUUGAACAGUCCAAUAUGUUAGAUGCGGCUGUGAAUGCUUCAAGCAAUGUCAUAGUUGUUUUGCACACACCUGCUGUCAUCGAUAUCGAGAAAUGGGCUGAUAAUGAGAAUGUCACAGCAAUAGUAGAAGCCUACCUCCCUGGACAGGAGAGCGGAAAUGCAAUUAUACCACUUUUAUUCGGUGAUGAGAACUUCAGUGGUAAAUUGCCAUACACUUGGGGUAAGACACUUGAUGAUUACCCACCAAACGGUAUUGUCAGAGACAAUGAUCAAUCACCUCAGGUGGAAUUCACUGAGGGUCUUUUCGUAGAUUACAAAUGGUUCGAUAAACAGGAGAUUGAACCACGUUACGAAUUUGGUUUCGGUUUGUCAUACACAAACUUUGAAUUUUCAGACAUCUCAGUUGUGGACAAUUACAAGGAGGAUGACAAGGAAGUACAAGCGACUAAUGAACCAUUUGAAGGCUUCGAAGAAGGCAAGAGCUUGUACGAUGUCAUCAAGACAGUCACAGCAACUGUUAGCAACACUGGUGAUGUCGAUGGAUCGGAAGUCGCUCAACUCUAUGUCAGUAUUCCAGGUGACGAACAACCUAUUCGUCAAUUACGUGGUUUCGAAAAGGUGAAAAACCUCAAGAGUGGUGAUAGCCAAGAAGUCAGCUUCGAUCUUCGCCUCAAAGAUCUUAGCGUCUGGGAUGUCACUAGACAAAUGUGGAUACUCCCAUCUGGCGAAUACACUUUCCACGUUGGUAACAGCUCACGCAAUCUCCCACUUUCUGUUACUAGCACACAAUAG